UGGGAGGUGUCAGGCCUCUGACUCUGGCCUUCCCGGCUGACUGUUCCAGAGCGACGUCUCCAGCCAUGAACCAGUUUGGUACCCGGUUGGUGGGAGCCACCGCGACCCCGUCGCCGCCGCCGAAAGCCCGCAGCAAUGAAAACCUCGACAAAAUAGAUAUGUCUUUGGAUGAUAUUAUCAAGUUGAAUCGAAAGGAAGGAAAGAAGCAGAAUUUUCCAAGACUGCAUAGACGACUCCAGCAAACUAGUACUCGGCAAUUCAAGAUGAGAGUACUGUGGGGGAUCCAGCAAAACUCUGGUUUUGGUAAAGCUAGUUUGAGCCGUAGAGGAAGAGUAACACCUGGAAAGAGACGUCCUUAUGGAGUUAUGACCGGUCUUGCGGCUAGGAAAGCAACUGGAAUUCGAAAAGGGAUUAGUCCUAUGAAUCGUCCACCUCUAAGUGACAAGAAUAUAGAACGAUAUUUUCCAGUGUUAAAAAGGAAGGCAAAUCUUCUGAGACAAAAUGAAGUACAAAGGAAACCCGUUGCCGUUCUCAAGAGACCUAACCAGUUAAACAGAAAAAAUAACAUCCCAGCUAAUUUUACCAGGAGUGGAAAUAAAUUAAGCCAUCAGAAAGAUAUUCGUCAGGCAACUUUUCUUUUUAGAAGAGGCCUAAAGGUUCAGGCCCAGUUGAACACAGAACAACUGCUAGAAGAUGUAGUAGCAAAGAGAACUCGUCAAUGGCGUACUUCCACUACAAAUGGAGGAAUUUUAACUGUAUCCAUUGACAAUCCUGGAGCAGUGCAAUGCCCAGUAACUCAGAAACCACGAUUAACUCGGACUGCUGUACCUUCUUUCUUAACAAAACGGGAGCAAUCUGAUGUUAAGAAAGUUCCUAAAGGUGUCCCUCUACAAUUUGACAUAAAUAGUGUUGGAAAACAGACAGGGAUGACUUUGAAUGAACGGUUUGGAAUCCUAAAGGAACAAAGAGCCACUUUGACAUUCAACAAAGGAGGAAGCCGCUUUGUAACUGUAGGAUAGAUCACAUGUCAAAGGAACUUUUGAGUGAUGACUCUGGUUGAAAAGUUGGAUUGCUUGAAGAGUUCAUCACAGAAAUUCAAGAAACUUUACUUCAAAAUAU